GCUAAGGGAAAGCACGGAAGUAAUCUAUCCUAGAAUAGGUUCUGUCGUGUCGUUAAAUCACAGGCGUUGUCUUUACUUUACUCAUUUUUUGUUAUCUCAGCAGCGAUUUGCUUCCUGCUCCCCUCAAAUGUAAAUGUCCCGACUGCAAUUCACGCGUCGCUUGCUCUGAACUGCAGUAAGUAAAAAAAUGCCAAACACCCGGGGGAAAAUACUGCUGAGAUUGGUGGUCACGUGUCUGGUCCUUGGGGUCGCCGUCAAAGUCCUCUCCCCGCACCGGUCGGCAGAAACCGUGCCGUCCGGCCAAAAGCAGCCGCUGACCGGCGGUGACUUUUGGAGCAAGAGCUCCGGAAAGAAGGAGGAGCUUCUGAAGCCAGAGGAGGCUCCACCCAAGGAAGUGGACGCACCCCAGGAAGUCCCGCCCAAAGAGGAGGAUGCUGGCGCGCAGGCCCCGAAUGCCGAGCCGCCCCGGGAACCCAGUGGCCCUCUACGCAUCGUGCACCUGGACCUGAAGGGCGCCGCCCCCAAAAUCAAAUAUCUGGAACAGAUUUUCCCGUUGUUCUCCUCACUGGGCGCCACUGGGGUCCUGAUGGAAUACGAGGACAUGUUCCCCUACCAGGGCGACCUCAAGAUUCUCCAGUCACCCCACGCGUACAGCUUGGAAGACAUCAAACAAAUAAGGAACCUGGCCAAGCUCAGCAAUCUGGAGGUGAUCCCUCUGGUUCAGGUGUUUGGGCAUUUAGAGUUUGUUUUGAAGCACGAGCAGUUCACCUCACUGAGGGAGAUCGCGGAGUUUCCCAACAGCCUGAACCCGCAUGCUCCAGGAUCCCAGGCGCUAGUCAAGGACAUGGUGACUCAGGUCUUGGAGCAGCACCCAGACUCCAGCUGGUUCCACAUGGGAGCUGACGAGGUGUUUGGCCUCGGCGAGAGCCAGGAUUCUAAGAACUGGCUACACACCAACAAUGGGGACAAGGGGAGGAUGUAUCUGAACCAUGUGACCACAGUGGCGCGCUUCAUCAAAGAGAAGAGGCCCGCCGUCGGGCUGCUGAUGUGGGAUGAUAUGAUGAGGCAGAUUGGCGUUGACGUCCUCAAAGAGUCCGGAUUGCAAAAUCUUGCCUCUCCCAUGAUCUGGUUCUACAGUCCAGAGUUGAACUUGAAGGCAAUUGAUAAUCUCAUCUCCAAGUACCAGGAGGUGGGAUUCAAGGGCGUUUGGUUCGCAAGUGCCUUCAAGGGGGCAUCGGAUAUCGCCCAGAUAUGGACGCCACUGGGGCACCACCUGAACAACCACCUGUCCUGGCUAAAGGUCAUCUCCUCAAUGUCCAAGUACCCCUCCAUCUCCUUCAGGGGCAUCGUGCUGACUGGAUGGCAGAGGUAUGAACACUUCACAGUGCUGUGUGAAAUCCUGCCUGUGGCUAUCCCCUCCCUGGCUGUGUGCCUGCAGACUCUGGUGCACGGUGAAUUUGCAGACAAGGCACAGCUGGAAACGCAGCACAUCCUGGGAUGUAAGAUUGCGAUUGACAAAGGCAUCUGUGAGGGGAGCGGCGCGUUCUCAGGCUCGCAGGUGUACAACAUGGUGCUGCACAUCAGCAGGAACUUGCAGAAACAGACUGACGAUCUGAUGAAGGACUACAACGUGAGAGGGUCGUUCACCCACUACCACCGAAAAUACAACUUUGCGAACCCGCGGAAUCUAGGAUUCUUCAUGGAGAAGCUGAAAAAGCUGCUGGAUGAGUGGGAGACCUACAUGGAGAAUUUCCGCACCCAGAUGGAGGCCAUCUUCUUCCCUGACACCGUGGAGGAGUGGAUGGAUGAGAACGUCAACCGCAACAUGGACCGCCUCCGCAAGAUGGUGGGCGAUGCCGAGCGCAUCGGGAAGCUCAAGGGCGGGCCUAAAUCACACUGACGCUCCCCGCCCCCUCCUCCACCUUGGGGGUGGUACGGGGUGGGGGUAGGGAGCUGAGCGGCAUUUGGAAAAGAGACAUAGUGCUCCCUGACCCUGGACUUCCUGGGAACUCUGGUCCCGUUAAUUUGCCAGUGCGCUUGCAUUCUUAGCGGACAGCUGAACUGACAUGGUUCUGUCAAUCCAGGGAUGUCCUAUCCCUUGUUCCCAUGCAUGCUGUUUGCAUUUCGACCCGAAAUGCAUUUCCCCCAGAUGCAGCACAUUGCUCUUUGACCUUGAGAAUGUAUUUGCCAUUUGCGAUGAUCUGCUCUCUAAUUUAAGUACGCUUGUGUAGCACAUAACAUUCUCACAUUGGCUAAUCCAUCCCAUCACUAAUCGCUGAUUCCCUCUUAUGGUAAUAGGGUUAUAUUUACAUGCUACAGUAGACUGAUCAGAUAUACGCAGAAGGACUCACAUUGCAUUUCUAAAGGUUCACGGCCCAAACGCAGUACUGGUUCUUAAAACUAAACAUAUGGUGUUAAUAAGUCAAAGCAUUCUGUUUACUGCCAUUUUUAGGGUCCAGUCAUAUUUCUUUGUGGGAGCAGUUCUUUCUACAGCAAGAUUUCAUUCCCUACCACUGCUUGCCUUAGAUACCUCACCGUAAAAUGUACAAUGCACAUAGGUUUUUCCAGCAUGUGCUGGAAGGAAAAAAAACAAGACCCCUUCUCAGAAAUCUUACUCUGCUUUUCUUCUGUUAAAGACUAUGGAAUGGCCUAGUAUGCAUACAGGCUACGGAAUCCCAGAAUCCAGGGUGCCAGUCUGCUGGCAGACAUUACCCUUUGGCAAUGGCGGAGGACAGGCCAAGACAGAGCACUUGCUCGCCUCAAAGUGUGUUCUCUCAGACGGCUAAUAUUAGCAGACAUUGGUAUCCAGCACGACAGGAUUCUGGCGUGAGAACUUGAACUACUACACCAGUCAGACAAUCCCACUGACCUCAUUCUCAAAAUUCAAAAAGGACACGCAGCAUUGCCAGCUCAUCAGAGCACAAAGUCGCUUUUUUG